GAGGCAGCGCGGAGCUCCAGUCUGUGACGGGGACACCCAAAGUUUGGCCCGAGUUUCAGCUUUGUCUCCGGACUCUCCCUCGGCUCUGUUCGGAAAGACUCGGUCUUUCCCGGGCCAGUUCGGAUCAUUUUGAAAAGCAGCUGGAGAAAAGAAGUAAAGUUUGAGAAGAGCCAGCGGAAGGAGCGGGACGAGCUGUGGACUGAAGUCGGGGAGAGGAGCCUUUAGAGCGGCUGCACUGCUUGGGACCCUUUGGGGCACCUUCGGGUCCUCUGACACUCUAGACUAUUUUCUUCGUUGGACCGGGCCAGAAUGGGGCCACAUCCGCGCGGGUCCCGCGUGCUGGAGCUCGUGACUGCUUUUGGAUUAAACCGUAGGUCGCACGAGACGCACGGCACGCGGCGUGCGUAGUGCGCGUGGACCGUGUUUGGAUCCAGUUGGAUGAGUGUGGGACUGGCGCGCGCCAUGGGGCUCGUGCCGCUGCUGCUGCUCGGCCUCGCGCUCCGAAUGUGCCUCGCGCUCACGGAUGACCGCCUCGUGUCGGACCGGUACGCCGUUUACUGGAACAGCUCCAACCCCAGGUUCCACAGAGGAGAGUACACGGUGGAGGUGACCAUCAACGACUAUCUGGACAUCUACUGCCCACACUAUGAGAGUACCCCGAGUGGAGGAAGUACUCUUGAGAAGUACAUACUCUUCAUGGUGAACUACGAUGGGUACACCACCUGCGACCACAGGAGGAGGGGCUUCAAACGCUGGGAGUGCAACCGGCCCCUGUCCCCCAACGGGCCCCUCAAGUUCAGCGAGAAGUUCCAACUGUUCACACCCUUUAGCCUGGGCUUUGAGUUCAGGCCAGGUCACGAGUACUACUAUAUCUCUUCUCCACACCUGAACCAGGCCGGAAAACCCUGCCUCAAACUCAAGGUCUACGUCAAACCUACAAACGACUCCAUUUACGAGUCCCCGGAGCCCUUCCUUACGGAUGACACCACUGGGGGUGGAGCUGCGCUGGAGCCACGCCUCUUUCUGCUUGCCGCCAUCUUGGUUUUACUUGGCUUCCUGUUUGGCUCGUCGUAGCACUGCCCCCUACAUCAGUCUCAGCCAAUCAUGAAAGACCUACACCAGCUGCAGCCAAUCAUAGGAGAGCUGAGCAAAGGAGCGGCAUCAGGAGACAAGAGGAGGAGCUUAAAUCACCACAGAAAAUGAAGUCUCCAAUUCAUCUCAUUAAUGCAGUUAAACAGGACUUAACCAGAACUAAACUAGGUUCAAGCAACAUCUAUAUAGGACUAGGACAGGACUAGCACCAGGUCUAAAUUCAGCAAACUGCAACUGAACCACUAAACUGGAGCUCAACCAAGUGUAAACCAUGAGACCUAAACUGAAUCUAAAACAAAAGAAUCUCACCAGGACUAAACCAGGUCUUAACAAGGACUAAACUAGAACUGGACCAGGACUGAACCAGGACUAAACCAGGACUGGAUCAGGACCAUAGACUGUAUAAAGAAGUGGACUAAAGGAGUGUGAUAUCAGCCAUAGCGCUCGGAUCCAGUCAAAGGAAGCUUAUCGAGGCUAGCAGUUAUAGGGUCAAAUUUGGGGAGUUCCAUGUUUGGAUUUCCGACUGUGAGUAACAGCCACCAAAGAGCCAAUCCGGAGCGAGGCUGUUGAAGGUAAUGCCAUUUAGCUCUAUGUUUCGUGCCACCUCCUGCUAAACCAGCAGUGCGGGUGUUUAGCAACGUUGUCAAUCAAAUAUGUUGCUAAAACUAGCGGGAGCGACAUCGGAGAAAGAAGGCACCUGAUUUGUCUGCUAUUAAAGCUCAUAUCUUGAUUUAUGGACAAAAUAGCGAGAAUAGCAUGUAGAGCAAUACGGACAUUUUAAGACCAAAAUGACAAGCCUGACAGCAGCAUUUACGAAGAGAGGGGCGACAGUUUUUCAAUGGAAAGUGAAUUGGAGCCGGAAGUGCGCACAUGCCCACUUCCUGUUCGGAAUGCCGUGGCUAGUGAGUUAGCUAUGUCCAUUUGUAUAUACAGUCUAUGACCAGGACUAACUCUUGAACAGCAUUUAUUCGAUCUGAUAAUUAUGAAGUGAUUGAGAUUAUCUUUGCGAGUCGCAGAAAUGAGUCAAAUGUUUUUAUAGAAAUUAAACUAAAAUUCUGCUAACAGCUGGUUUCAACGUGUCCAGGACAAUCACAGGAAAAUCUAGAUUGAAACCAUUUUGUAACAAAAAUUAUUUUACUUCACUAAAGAAAAGCAUGAUUAAUUCUUAAACAAAUCUAUUUUAUACACAAAUAUUUCAAAAAAAAAAAAAUUGUUUUUUUUUAUUCAAAAUCAGGCAGACUGUUCAGAGAAAGUUUUGUAUGUUAAUUUGUUAGAGAUUUUCCAAAGUAAAUAUUUAGCCCUGUACCCAAUUUUUUUUUUCUUGUAUUUUAGCUAAAUUUGUCUAGCCCCAGUACAGAUAUAUUGCAGCUCUUGAGAUCAAAAUGUGUCUGCUGCGUGAUGUUUGCUUUAGAAAGCAUGCAGGAAGUGUGUGUUAGCAGCACUGUGUAGCAUUAGUGUGAUGGCAAAACUCCACUCUGGUCUUUCAAAGUUGUGAAAAGCACUUAUAAACUCAUUGCUGUGAAUAAUUAGUUGCUCUGCCUUAUGCCUUAUGCUCUGAAUGCAUAAGGUAAAUGAGGAAUAACUUUGAACCAUGUAAAAUGAACUAAGUCAGUUUUUCAAAUUUUUAAGACUUAUGGUUUUUUAGACCAAAAAAUUUUACUUUGUGAUUUAGUGAUAAUACCAUCAAUAAUAUUAAAAAUCCAAUAUAUUACAUGCAACAGCCAUUGUAACCCAUUUUAAACACCUUUGAAAAAAAGCCAUAAAAAUAAAUGGAGGCCUAUAUAAUAUACUGUAAAUGUGUUGUAAACCAGUUGUAAACAGAAUUUGAGUUUUUAAAAAAGCAAUAUUUGAAACUGCAAUAACUUUUUAUUAAAGGCUUAUACAAAGACGUAAUGCGCAAAAUCUAUCUAUAGAUAUAUGGAAGCAGCUAUAUGAAGCAUAUGCAUGUUCAAGAUACUUUAAUACAUGUCGUGAAAUUGUUUAAAAUGUCCGAGAAAAGUCCUGUUUAUUUAUUGUUUUGUAUUUAUCAUUUAUUGUUUGAAAAAUGACGAAUGUUGAAUUUCAUGUCUCAGGAUUUUAAUACGAUUUCAAAGUAAGUUUGAUUUAAAUUUGGCUCAUUUCUGCGACUUUUAAAAAAAUGUUAAAUAUUUGUCUUUUUUGCCAUGUUACUUCUGUAAAUCUGCCAAAGACUUUUUAUUGGAUGUUGUUGUUUUAGAGGCGGGACUUACAUGGAAAAAGGUGGAGUCUGUUUCAUUUUGUUGUGCUUUUUGUAAAUGUUGUUUCUCUGUUCAAACAAAAAUAUUGAAUGUUCUUAAUGCGCAAAACCCACCGACCAAUCAGCGAUGGCCUUUUCCCGACGGUGCUUAAUGCAACGCUGUUUUUAAAAUCUACAUCAACAACAUUGCAAAAAUAUACAUGGGGUCUAACGUGACUUGAAUUCAGAAACUCACUCUCACCACUCUCCCCUUUAGUCCUCUAGACCCGACCCCUGCUCUCCCCUCUCCCCCUUUAGUCCUCCAGACCCUGCCCUACCUCCCCUCCAUUUCUCCCCUUUAGUACCCCAGACCCCGCCCCUCCUCCCCUCUCAAUCUUUCCUUUAGUCCUCCAAAUCUCGCCCCUGCUCCAACUCAAUCCCUGAUGACUCCUCUGAACUAAAGUCCUUUGCACUCCUGUCAUUUGUUUUUGCAGUGAACAUAUUUUCAUUCAUUGUCCCUCUGUUCGAGCGGAGGGGGCGUGGCCUGUCGAGGGGCACAGGUGCAUGCUGGGAAAUGCAGUAUCUGAGGAGCGCACUGUGAGGAUGUAGCACUCGAACUCUUUACGGAGACAAGACAAAUAUGGACAAUUCUUAUGGGUGUUCUCCUAAAUGUUCUGUUUGAAAACGCAGGAGGAGAGUCGAUGUUGUUGUUGAUGUAAAUGUUGUGUUUCUUUGGUCAUGAUGCAUUCUGGGUAAUGUAGUCCUGUGAUUAUGGUAAGGGUUUAUAUGUCAGCUGAGAUUACAUGGACCGCGUUAGUCAUUUCAGUUUCACCAAAUGACCCUAUGCCACUACAUGUUAUUUUGUUUUAUUUUUUCUUUUGCAGGUAAAUGCAUAUGAGAGCAUUUAAUUUUUAUUUUUAUUUUUUUUUGUGUGUGUGUUUGUGAUGCGGUAAAUAUUUAUAGUUUUACACUAGUAAAGAAGCCGUUUUUGAAGAGAAGUUAAAGGAUAAAAAGGUUGAAUAACAAUAGCGCUAAGGGCCAUUUAAUAUUGAUGAUAGAUGUAUAAAAGUCAGGUGAAAAUUACAUACAAGAGUGCAUUUCUAUGUUAGGUAAAGUGACAGUAUGUGUACUGUAUUUUCUGGAGAUGGCACUUCACCUGCAUGAUUCCAUGGAAACAGAAAGUUAAAACCAUACUUCUGAACAUUCUCCAUAGAGAUAUGUUUUAGGCCAUACCGUGGAAUAUUAUAGCCAAAGGAACAAUAUUUCCAUGGAAACAAGCAGGAAGAGGCC